AGUAGCGAGGCAGGCACUGGAGGCAGCGCCCACCGCCCCCACCCUCUCCCUCUCCCUCUCCCACGCCAUCUCACCCACCGCUCCAAAUCUCACCUGCACUCCCACUCCCCCAGAUCCAAGAUGUCCUCCUCCGACCAGGACGACGGCGGCGAGGACUCCCCCCUCUUCCGCCGCCGGGGCCCCUCCGCCUCGGACGUCGCCGAGGUCCCCGUCGCGCAGUCGCUCAUCAAGGCGGCCAGCAACGUCUGCUUUUCCCUCUUCGUGCUCGCCGUCCUCGUCGUCACCGUCGUCGCCGUCACCUACCAGCCGCCCGACCCCUGGCUCCAGUCCUCCGCCGCCAUCACCACCUCCCUCUCUCGCGUCCUCCCCAAUUCCACCUUCCUCGUCCCCGACGACUCGCUCCUCCCCACCGGCGAGGACUUCAAUUCCUCCUCCUCCUCCAUCCCCGCGCCGGCGCGGGCCGACGCCGACCCGGUGCCCGACGCGGCGGCCGCGGCCGUCAACGCCACCUGCGAUCCGGACGCGCCGCUCAACUGCUCCGACCCGCGCAUCCUCGCCGCCGUCAAGGCGUUCAACGCCAAGGCCUUCUUCCGCAGGUCCAUCGUGUUCCUGAGCUACGAGACGCCGGUGCCUGGCCCCAAGCCCGGCGUGUGCGACGUCGCCUGGCGGUUCCGGAACCGGAGGGAGAAAUCGUGGCGCCGGUACAGGGACUACCGCCGGUUCAGCCUCACUUCCGGCGAUGGGUGCGCUGUUGAUAUCGUAAGUGUGGGUAAAUUCCGGUCAGGCACUAAUGCAGCCCGUCGGCCAUACCGGAAGGGGUCUAAGAACCCUCGUGUCACGGCGCCGCCAGUGGAUGCAGAGAUCAAUGACACGAUCCCGGUGGUCGGAUCAGAGGCAGAGUUCAAGAAAGGAAGGUACUUGUACUACAUGAGGGGUGGUGACCAUUGCAAGAGCAUGAACCAGUACAUCUGGAGCUUCUUGUGCGGGCUUGGUGAAGCCAAGUUUUUGAACAGGACGUUCGUGAUGGAUUUGAAUGUGUGUUUGUCUGGGGCGCACACGGUGGAUGGGAAGGACGUGGAUGGGAAAGAUUUCAGGUAUUAUUUUGAUUUUGAGCACUUGAAGGAGACAACAUCUGUGGUGGAGGAAGGGGACUUCUUGAAGGAUUGGAAGCGCUGGGAUAAGAAGAAGGGUCCAGGCCGGAUUACAGUGCGGAAGGUACCAUCAUACAAGGUGACACCAAUGCAACUUAAGAGGGACAAGAGCAACAUCAUUUGGAGGCAGUUUGAUGGACAGGAGCCCGAGAAUUACUGGUACAGGGUUUGCGAAGGGCGAGCUGCUAAGGUCAUCCAAAGGCCUUGGUAUGCUAUCUGGAAGUCGAAGAGGCUGAUGAACAUUGUAACUGAGAUUGUGGGUAGGAUGGAUUGGGAUUAUGAUGGUGUACAUGUGGUCCGAGGGUGGAAGGCACAGAAUAAGCAAAUGUAUCCAAACUUGGAUGCCGACACAUCACCUGAUGCGCUCGUGGAUAAGGUGACCAAGCUUAUUAAGACGAUGAGGAACCUCUAUAUUGCGACCAAUGAGCCAUUCUAUAACUACUUUGAUAAGCUCAGGUCACACUUCCAUGUGCAUUUGCUUGAUGAUUACAAGGAGCUUUGGUCGAGCACGAGUGAAUGGUACAACGAGACGACGGCACUCAGUGGGGGGAAGCCAGUGCCUUUCGAUGCAUACAUGAGGGUGAUUGUGGAUACUGAGGUAUUCUACAGAGCAAAGACACAAGUUGAGACAUUCAACAACUUGACGAGGGAUUGCAAAGAUGGAAUCAAUACGUGCAACUUGUGACACACGUGUUCAUGUUUUGAUAAUUAUUGGUGUUCAUAUACUCUUCCAGUGGCUGGCACAUUAAAAUUCGGAGGAACUUCAUCCAGGGUUUGUCUUUUGGCAUACCAUCUUAAUGUAUUACUUGUGAUGGAAUGUUUAAUUGGUUGCACGCUCAUCAGAAUUGUGUGCGCUCCAUUCUUAUUUUUGUGUAGUUUAUGUAUUACUCUUCAACAGUACUUCUUAGUGGGCAAUUUGCAACA